AUGGUCAUGACCAUGGCGGCACCGCCCAUCGCUUCCGACGACUCCCCAUGCUGCCCCGGCUGCGGUUACGCCCUUCCCCUCGAUCACACACAGGUCCAGCUCCUCGAGGCUCAAGCCCGCAUCGUCGACCUCGAGAACCAGGUUCGCCUGCUCAACGAAAAAGCCUCGGCCGCCGUCGACCGGUGGGCAGACUACGAGGAUGAGCUCACGAGACUCCGCUCCCAACUGGCCUCGUCCCCGACACAAAAACAACUUCCCGCCACGCCCACGAAUACUCGCAUGUCCUUCCUCCAGAGCGGCACAAGUCGCCUCUCUGCUCUCCUCUCCCCGCGAAAAUCACAUCCCGACCUUGGCAGCAUCGAGACAAAUCCCUCUCGACCACCACCCAACCAGCGAUCCGCUAGCAGCGGGUCGCAACCCCAACUACAACCUCCACCUUCCCCAUCGGCUGAGGAUCUGCUAGAAGCGCUGAGCCGAGAGCAGAAUCUGCGCAAGGAGGCCGAGGGCAAGGUCGCCGCCACAAGUCAGGAGGUGGAGGAGCUGAGCGCUGCCCUAUUCGAGCAAGCCAACGAGAUGGUCGCCGAGGAGCGACGAGCACGUGCCAAGCUAGAGCAGCGGGUAGACGAGCUGGAGAGACGAGACAUGGAGAAGCGGAGGAGGUUGGACAAGCUGGAGGGGGCCAUGAAUAGGAUUGAGAGGGUGAGGCUGCUGCUCGCCGAGGCUGAGCAGGAUGUUGAGUCGAGCAAGCAGACGGUCAAGGAGAUUGAGGACCUUGAGAGGCAGCAGGAGGAGGAGAAUAGGAGAAUUCUCCAGCGGAGGACAGCUGCCUCGGUACCUGAAAGCGUCAAAGAGAACGGAGACGCAGAUUCUAUCCACACACAAGAAACACAACGAUGA